GCUUGGUAAGCCCAUCAGUUUUUCUUUCAUGUCAAGUAGUGAUCAUGGCGGUCGGUAAAAAUAAGGGACUGUCGAAAGGUGGCAAGAAAGGAGUCAAGAAGAAGAUUGUUGAUCCUUUCACCAGGAAAGAUUGGUAUGAUGUAAAGGCACCAUGCAUGUUCUCCAACAGGCAAGUUGGAAAGACCUUGGUCAACCGUACCCAAGGUACCAAGAUCGCCUCCGAGGGUCUUAAACACAGAGUGUUUGAGGUUUCUUUGGCUGAUUUGCAAAGCGACACCGACGCUGAACGUUCCUUCAGGAAGUUCAAGCUGAUUGCUGAAGAUGUGCAAGGAAAGCAUGUUUUGACCAACUUCCAUGGUAUGGAUUUGACCACUGACAAGCUUAGGUCCAUGGUUAAGAAAUGGCAAACCCUCAUUGAUGCCAGCACUGAUGUCAAGACCAGUGAUGGAUAUUUGUUGCGUGUCUUCUGCAUUGGAUUCACCCAAAAGAACACCAUGUCUACCAAGAAGACCUGCUAUGCUAAACACAACCAGGUUCGCGCUAUCCGCAAGAAGAUGGUUGAGAUCAUCCACCGUGAUAUUGCUGGCAGUGACUUGAAGGAUGUUGUUAACAAGCUCAUCCCAGACUCUAUUGCCAAGGACAUUGAGAAGCUUUGCCAAGGCAUUUACCCACUUCACGAUGUUUACAUCCGUAAAGUUAAAGUGCUCAAGAAGCCACGUUUGGACAUUUCCAAGUUGAUGGAAUUGCACAACGACGGUGGAAAGGGAACCUCCGCUGAAGUUGCUGAAGGUGGUGCUAAAGUUGACCGCCCAGAAGGUUAUGAGCCACCAGUACAGGAUACUGUGUAACUUAUGUUUAAAUAAACUGAAAAAUUUUCCAA